AUCCAUAAAACGCGUGAUAUUGUGACGUUGUCACACGAACGGUAUAUCAUUAACAUAAAUAUGAUUAAAACGUUGACUUCGUAAAAUUGCAAUAGUGGGAUUUCACAAUUAAGUCGCAAAUAUGCACCGGUGCAUAGCAGUGAUGUUAGUACAGUACACGGGAAUAAGUUGCAUCGUAUAGGCUAAGUCUUUUUAAGGUUAUGCCACGGUUGGAAAGAGGUUAGAAUAUUUUUAUAAGAACAAAUACGUGUCAAUGCGAGUAACAAUUGGCACGGAUAAACAUUUUUCCGAGUCAUGGUCGAGGAAGAUAUCAUUGCUAAUGCAUCGCCGUACGAUUAUCAUGCGGUGAAUGCAGAGAGUGCACAAAACACUUCUAGAGAAAAACGAAUACAAGGUACAAUACUAUCGGACGUUAGGAUGGUCAGCAGGAAUGAUUGGAUAACAAUCUUUGUAUUGUGUUUUAUCAACCUUAUAAAUUACAUGGAUCGUUUUACGAUCGCCGGAGUACUGACAAAUAUUAAAAAUGAUUUCUAUAUUGGCAAUGAUAUGUCUGGAUUACUACAGACUGCAUUCAUCUUAAGCUACAUGAUAUUUGCACCACUGUUUGGAUACUUGGGUGAUCGUUACAACAGAAAAGUUAUAAUGAGCAGUGGUGUGUUUAUAUGGUGUUUAACAACAUUCAUUGGUUCUUACAUGAAGUCAUUCGGAUGGUUUCUCCUAUUCAGAGCCUUUGUUGGAAUAGGUGAAGCCAGUUAUUCCACAAUUGCUCCAACAAUAAUAAGUGAUUUAUUUGUUAAAGAUGUACGUUCUAAAAUGCUUGCACUGUUUUAUUUUGCAAUACCAGUUGGAAGCGGGUUAGGAUAUAUAGUCGGUGGUGAAACAGCGAGAGCUACCGGUGCAUGGCAAUGGGGUUUACGCGUCACUCCAGCUUUAGGUAUCAUCGCAAUUAUUUUACUUCUUACAGUAGUAAGAGAUCCAAUCAGAGGAGAAAGAGAAGGAGGAGCCCAUUUGACAAGCACUUCAUGGUCAAAUGACAUCAAAGCAUUAUUAAAAAAUCCUAGUUUUAUGUUUUCUACUGCUGGCUUCACAUGUGUAGCUUUUGUUGCUGGAGCAUUGGCUUGGUGGGCUCCAACAUUUUUACAGCUGGGAUUUACAUUACAUCCUAAUGCACAUAAUGUUGAUCCAGAUGAUGUUGCGUACAAAUUCGGAUUAAUAGGAAUGGCCGCUGGUUUAAUAGGAGUACCAUUAGGUUCAUACCUAGCUCAAAGACUAAGAGUAAAUUGGCAUCAAGCUGAUCCUCUAAUAUGUGCUGCUGGACUUCUUAUUAGUGUACCAUUACUAUUCUUUGGAACUUUAACUGCCAAUACAAAUUCUGCUGUAUGUUAUAUAUUAGUAUUCCUUGGACAGUUAUCAUUAAAUUUAAAUUGGUCUAUUGUUGCAGACAUAUUAUUGUAUGUAGUGAUUCCAACAAGAAGAUCUACAGCAGAAGCUUUUCAGAUACUUAUAGCUCAUGCUUUUGGAGAUGCAGGAAGUCCUUAUCUUAUUGGUUUGUUGUCAGAAGGACUGAAAAAAGUUCUUCUUCCAGACUCGAGUAUAUCCAAAAAACCGGCACCACACGAUCUUGAAAACACGCUUAUCGAGUUUCGAAGUUUACAAUACGCUUUAUUUCUGACCAUGUUCGUAGAAGUCAUUGGAAGCCUAUUUUUCUUCCUUACAGCAUUGUAUAUACAAAAGGACAAAGCACUAGCAGAACUAACCAUCUCAGGUGGAAACAUUUCAGAUUCAAUGUACAUAUGUAAUGAUGAAGUUGAAAAUGAAUUACAAGAUGAUAUGCACAAACCAUGAUGAGAAUAUUAGAGAUUUUCUGAUGAUUAAUUAUAAGUGAAAUGUGUAUAACAGUGCAGUGCAGCUAUAAUGGCAACAAAUAUUAACUGAUCAGGAAAAGAGUGUAUUGGAUUCACAAUAAGAAAUUAUUGCAUCAGUAAUAUUGUCAGAAAAAUUGAAGUGUUCUGGAUACAGAACAUUUAUAGUGAAGAAAACUUCAAAGGACAUUGUGAAUUAGUAACAUCCUCAAGGAGGUAUUCUGUUAAUAAUGUACAGAAGUAUUAGGCUUGAUGGUAUAUCCAUUUAUCUAAGAUAAAGUUAGCCAAUAGGUGCGAGUAUUAUAGCACUUUUACAUAUUAUAUUUUUAUAGUAGGUUUCUUUUAACAAAAAUACAUUAUUCUCAUGUGGUAUGUAAAAUAUUUUUCAGACGCAUCUUGUAGCAUCAUUAAAACUUUGUUGAAUACUUUGGUAUUUAUAAAAUUCAUAACUUCAUCUAAUAAUAGUUGCAGUUUAGUAAUUUAUGUGCCUUAUGUAUUAGAUGGAACAAUAUAACAUUUUUGUUUAUUGAAAGAGUACAUAGGGUAAAUGGUGAAAAACAUGCAAAUAUUUGUUCGAAAAAAUUCAUAAUAAAAUUAGUUUUCUAUUUAAA